GUCAGACAUAUUUUGCCACCACUCCCCUGUUUUUUUCUUCCACCACUCCAUCACCCCCCUCUCUCUUUCUCUCUCCUAAUUCAUCAUCUAAUUAUUAUUAUUUCCAAUAUUUGUUCUCAUUAUUAACAUUUCAACAAAAAUAAAAAUAAAUCAAAAUAUUUUUUUAGAGGAGAGAGAAAAUGGGGAAAAUGCUGGCAUCCCAGGUGGGAUUGGUGGUGUUACUAAUAAUCGCAAGCUUAACAGAAGCAGAAAACAUGAGAUACAAAGACCCGAAAGUGGGAGUUAAUAAACGGGUCAGAGACCUUUUAUCUCGGAUGACUUUGGAUGAAAAGAUUGGGCAAAUGGUUCAAAUUGAACGCAAAGUUGCUACAUCUGAUGUUAUGAAAAACUACUUCAUUGGGAGUGUGUUGAGUGGUGGAGGAAGUGUGCCAGCACCUAAGGCAUCUGCUGAAGCAUGGGUGAAUAUGGUGAAUGAACUCCAGAAGGGUGCCAUGUCAACCCGCCUCGGCAUACCGAUGAUUUAUGGUAUUGAUGCUGUUCAUGGACACAACAAUGUCUACAAUGCCACCAUUUUCCCACACAAUGUGGGGCUUGGUGUCACAAGGGAUCCUGCACUUAUUAAGAAGAUUGGAGCUGCUACUGCACUUGAAGUUAGAGCAACCGGGAUUCCUUACGCUUUCGCCCCAUGUAUCGCUGUCUGUAGAGACCCGAGAUGGGGACGGUGCUACGAGAGCUACAGCGAAGACCACAGGAUCGUCCAAAUGAUGACUGAAAUCAUUCCAGGCUUACAAGGAGAUAUCCCUGCUAAAUAUCCUAAGGGGUUUCCUUACGUUAAUAGUGGAAAGACAAGUGUGGCGGGUUGUGCGAAGCAUUUUGUGGGUGACGGUGGAACACAAAAGGGAAUCAAUGAAAACAACACAGUGAUCCCCUUUAAGGAGCUUAUUGACAUCCACAUGCCAGCAUACCCUGACUCCAUUAGCAAAGGUGUUGCAACAGUUAUGGUGUCCUACUCUAGCUGGAAUGGAAUUAAGAUGCAUGCUAAUCGACAACUUGUUACCGGUUACCUCAAAAACAAACUUAAGUUCCGGGGAUUUGUGAUAUCAGAUUGGGAAGGAAUAGACAGGAUCACCACUCCUCCUCAUGCUAACUAUACUUACUCCGUACAAGCUGGAGUUCUAGCCGGGAUUGACAUGGUGAUGGUUCCAAACAACUACACUGAAUUUAUUGACGAUCUUAAGCUACUGGUGAAGAACAACAUCAUUCCCAUGAAAAGGAUAGAUGACGCUGUGAGGAGGAUCCUAAGGGUGAAAUUUAUCAUGGGCUUGUUUGAAAACCCGAUUGCUGACCUCAGUCUUGUCAAUGAAGUUGGGAGCCAGAAGCACAGGGAUAUUGCACGAGAAGCAGUGAGGAAAUCCCUUGUUCUUUUGAAGAAUGGUAAAUCAGCUAACAAGCCAUUGCUUCCACUUGCCAAGAAAGCACCCAAGAUUCUUGUAGCAGGAUCUCAUGCUGAUAACUUGGGUUACCAAUGUGGUGGAUGGACCAUUGAGUGGCAAGGCGCUACUGGCAACGACCUUACCAGAGGUACAACGAUAUUGAAUGCAGUGAAGAGUGCAGUUGAUCCAAAGACCCAAGUAGUGUUCAACGAAAACCCAGACUCAAACUUUGUAAAGUCGGGUGGAUUCUCCUAUGCGAUUGUAGUUGUAGGAGAGCCACCCUACGCAGAGACAAAUGGUGAUAGCUUGAACUUGACAAUUCCAGAGCCAGGGCCAAGCACGAUCAAGAAUGUAUGUGGAGGUGUGAAAUGUGUGGUGGUAGUCGUCUCUGGUAGGCCUGUUGUUAUGCAACCUUACCUGCCAACCAUUGAUGCACUCGUUGCUGCCUGGCUACCGGGAACUGAAGGACAGGGUGUUACUGAUGUGCUUUUUGGUGACUAUGGAUUUACUGGCAAGCUUGCGCGAACAUGGUUCAAGUCGGUUAAUCAGUUACCCAUGAAUGUGGGUGACCAUCAUUACGACCCCCUCUUUCCAUUUGGUUUCGGCCUUGCUACAAAACCUAACAAACCAUACUAAUAUUCAAAUAUCAUGUAACUAGUAGUUGUAGUCUUAUCUUGUCUUGUUACCAAACCAUACUAAAAUUCAUUAGUACGGUUCAAAUAUUUCAUACCCUCCCCUAAUUCCAUGGUUGGGUCAAAGUGAAAGCUAAGAGCAUUCUGUUUUUCCAUACAAGUUGGAUCUGAAUUCUUGUAUUCAUGAUUUUACUGAAUUGUUAUUUACUCAAAUUGUUGCCUGGUUCA